CUCAAACUUGUUCCCAGGAAAUGUCCCAGAGGGCUGGGAGGUUUUAAAACAGACGUUUGUUUGGGAGGCGGCCCGCAAAGAAAGGGGAGGAUUUUUGCUCGUAGGGGAAGAGAAGAAAAGAGAGCAAGCGUAUAGCAGCAGAGGAGAGAGGACAAACGGAUGCAGGUUGAGGCUCCCCGGCCCUAGCCAGGCGAUGGCUUCCAACCAGCUGGCAUGCCCCAACCCCUGCGAGGCCAAGUGCCCCCAGCCUCUGGCCACCAGCAGCAACGAGCCCUGCGUCGUGAAAUGCGGGGACUCCCGGGUGAUUAUCUACCCCCCACCCGUCGUUGUCACCUUCCCAGGGCCCAUCCUCACCACCUACCCGCAGCAAACCGUCGUGGGAUCCUCAGAAACCUCCGAGGUGGCCCUGGCAGAGCCCCCGGCCACAGCAGCUCUGCCAGCCGAGGUGACAGGGAGGCUGGAAGCAGCAACCGAGAAACUGGCCCCUCAGCUCAUGGCCCGACCUGAGCCCCGCUGCGCCCCAAAAUAUUCCUACACCUAUUCUUCCCAGUGGACACAUCCGUGCAAUUCGUACCGCUCCGGGAAGAGGUGGAUAUACUGAGCUCAGCCAUGAGGGUGCACCGAGCAGUUAGAAGAAGCAGCAAAAGGCAACUCGAGAUGCAGCCCUGGGGGUGGAGCUGCGGGGCGCCAGCCCCGGCGCUGCGUGUUGUCUGGCUCCCUCUGAAAAGAUUUUGAGAGCUGCGAAUGCUCAACCCCUGGGAAAGGCAGGCUCGGGGGAGGGGGGGGGGACUUGCUCCUUUUGCCUUUAGUUUAGGUCUGCUAGCCUCUGGCUUUCCAGUUUAGUCAUCUGCUUCGUUGUGCUUUGUCUUACUUCAGUUAGAUUAUUGACACUGGACUUAGAGAGGUGACUUAGGAUGCUAGAAACCGCACACAGCAACCGCGCCAGAAGGAGACAAAACAUUUUCACAGACUGCACGACUUUGACCCUGGUCAUUAGCCAGAGCCUCACUGAACCCCUGAAAAGAAUAGAAAGACCAAUAUUCUGUACAAUCGUGUUCCAGAACUGUAGAAAAGCUGUCC